UAACCAGUUAGACAUUGAAUAGUGCGGACAAGCUUAGAGUAAAAGUAUUUGAAGUAAAAAAAAAAUGAUAAUAAAAAACGAAGAAACAAUUGUUGUGCCGGAACACUUGAACGAAGAGUUCUUCGUGAAUGCUCUCGAAGAAGGUUUGCGCGAAACGAAAAUUGUCAUACAUGAAGUGAACUUCGCCUGGGGCAGUAAUCCUGGGGAUAAUUAUUGUUCAAGUAUUUAUCGCGUGGUCAUUACCUAUGACAGUUAUGGAGAGAAUCCCCAGAAAAAUGAGAAAAUCUCAUUAAUUGUGAAGACCAUUCCCAUUUCGACGGAAACACAAUUUCUCGAAGACGUUGGUGUGUUUGUGAAGGAAAAAUUAACAUAUACCGAUGUAUUGCCACGAUUGGCAAUUUUGACUGAAUCGGAUGUGUUUGGUGCAAAAUGUUUCUAUGCCACCAAAAGUCCCAUGCAAACAAUUGUUUUCAAUGAUUUAACUGUGGAGGGUUUCAAAGUUGCCUCCCGCCAGGAUGGUUUGGAUUGGAAUCAUACGACUUUGAUUUUGGAAAAAUUGGCUAAAUUCCAUGCCACCUCCAUGGUUUUACUCAAAAAGGAUCCCGCCAUCGCCAAACGUUUCCAACGUGGUAUGCUGUGCGAAGAAACCGUGCUGAAAACUGAAACAUUUUUCAACAUGUUUGGUGGUUAUUUGAAUCAAUUGAUUAAAACUGCCUCAACUUGGUCGGGCUUUGAAGAGAUUACUGCAAAAUUACAAAAAUAUUAUAGCGAUUUCAAAAACAUCAGUUAUAAGUUGGGUAAAGCCAAACAAGGAGAUCGCAUUGUCGUACUCAAUCACGGUGAUUUGUGGACCAAUAACUUUAUGUUCGGCUAUGAGGAUGAUAAUCAGCCACAAAAACCAACUAAGGCAUUAUUUGUUGAUUUCCAGCUCAGCUUCUACGGCAGUCCUGCUUGCGAUUUGAACUUCUUCUUGAACACCAGUGUCCAAUUUGAUAUUCUCACAACGAAGCGUGACGAGCUAAUUGAAACCUACUACAAAACAUUUGCCGAAACACUGGAAUAUGCCCGCUAUGAAUCCAUACCCACUUUGGAUGAUCUCAAAUAUGAAUUGCGCUCGAGAGAAUUGUAUGGCCUAUUCGCUCUAUUUGGUUUCUUGCCCAUGGUUACAAUUCCAAAAGAAUUAUCCAACGAUGCCAGCAUUGAAGCCUUUGCCAAUGAAGAUUAUGCCGCCAAGAAAUUGGCUCAAAUAUUUGCCCAAGAAAAGUUGCAGAAACAAUUGAAAUUUGGUUUGCAACGUUUGGAGAAAUUGGGAGUACUCGAUGAAUUUUAGAUUUAGUUACUCGUAUUUGGGUCCGAAUGUGAUAAGCAAUGCACGUUGUGUACGGGUACAUACAAAAAAUAUGGUUUUUAGUUAAAAUGGAGGAGAAGCUGUUAAUGUGAAAACAGGAUUAUUCAUACGGAAAAUGCUGUGAGAUGUUGAUGAUCUUUUCAUGAGUGUUUUUUAGUACAAAUAUUUGUAUCAAGGUUUAGAUUUAGUAAAAUAAAUAAAUAAAUAAGUUAAUAAAAAAUA